ACCACAACAAGACCACAUCUCACAGUCAAACCCAAUACGCUGUGAUACAUGCUAACCACAACAAGACCACAUCUCACAUUCAAACCCAAUACGCAGAACUACAUCAUGACCAAACCAAGACCAAAUCUCAUGGUCAAACCCAAUACGCAGAAAUACACACGAACCAGAACAAAGUGGAGAGACUGGCCAGUACUGGGAGUCUGAACCAGAGGAGAAGCACUGGGCCCUGGUCCUUCAAUAACACCUCCACAGCAGCAGGAGGAGUCAUGUACUCUGAGCUGACCCUGCCAGAUGGACGGAGCCGCUCUCUACCCCGCCUGGACGACGCCACGGAGGAGGAGGAGGAGGAGGAGGAGGGGUACUCCGACAGGAUAACCAUCCCUUGCUUCCCCAACACCUCUCACUCCCCCAAUCCCCCCAAGAGGGUCACCUGCCACGCCUACCCUCUUCAGGACCCCAGGGAAAGCCCCCGGCCACAGAUCCACGGUGGACCACAAAGCCUGGAUCAGCUGAGCAUCAACCCACUGUACCAGGUCUCUGUCGGGCUUGGUGAGGGCCGGGACGCCCCCUGGAAGGUACCACAGAAGCAGAGAGAAGGGGACCGUGGCAGAAGUCCCCAGGACCAGACUCCUCAGCAGGAGGAGAGUAUGUAUGCAGAGGUUCCAGAGGGGCCAUCUCCUCCCCGUCAUCUGAUUACUGACAACACCUAUGAGCAGAUCCCAGGGGACGGUGGCCUAAAGAGGACACAAAGCACCGCCACAGACCAGGAGGGAAACACCUAUGAGAUGCUGGAGAACCUAAAGUCCAAGGAGUCUACUUGGGGCAAGAAGAAUAUCACAUGGAGAAAAUUAUUCCCUGAAUACAAGAAGAAAUAGCAGCACCCUGCAGAUUCAGC